ACUAUGUUUUGGUUUCGAAAUUAUUUGCAGUAGCUUCUCUUCCUUAUUUAUGGGAAGAUCCUUUUUAUUCAUGUGUCGGAAGAAACUAUACGAGCUUACAAAAAAUAAUUUAUUAUUAUUUAUCUGAUAAAGAAAGUAUUUUGUUUCAAAUUUAUUCUUCUUACUUUGAUAAUAUAGAAAAACCUCUUUUCGAUUAUAUGUCCUACAUCAGACAAAUUCAUGUUGAUAGUAUUUUUAGUAUUGUUACUCAUGGAAUUGAUUAUGAAUUCGAUCUUCCUAUAGAUUGGAAAACCCAAGUCACAAAAACC